UCACGCUUCCCAAAACACUCCGCCGAACGUCAGCGCGGUCAGACGAGAAGAAGAGCCCUUCUACGCGUUCCUUCUUCUUGAUAAAACCCUUCCCCAAUUCCUCCCUUCCAAUCCCCGUUCUUACGAGUUCUUCGAUCUCUCGGAGCUUUGAUCUCCUCCCAGAUCCCUAGAUUUGUUGUUUUUUUGGUUCUGUGAUUGAUCUAUUGAGCCAUUUGAUCGAUCUUUUGUGUUCUUUUGUUUGAUUUCUUUGGAUGGCUGGAGUGGAUUGGGAGUCACUGUCGGAGGCGACGUCCGGGGCUGUUGGGGCGCUGGUGAGCACCACGGUGCUCUACCCGUUGGACACCUGCAAGACUAAGUACCAGGCUGAGGUUCGAUCCCAUGGCCAGCAGAAGUAUAGGAAUCUUUCAGAUGUUUUAUGGGAAGCCAUUUCUAACCGGCAAAUUCUUUCACUGUACCAAGGACUUGGAACAAAGAAUUUGCAAUCGUUUAUAUCCCAGUUUGUAUACUUUUAUGGUUAUAGCUAUUUCAAGAGGUUAUAUCUGAAAAAGAGUGGAGCUAAGUCCAUUGGAACAAAGGCAAACCUGAUUGUUGCUGCUGCAGCUGGUGCUUGCACUGCUAUUGUGACACAGCCACUGGAUACAGCAUCUUCCAGGAUGCAAACAAGUGAAUUUGGUAAGUCUAAGGGUUUGUGGGAAACACUUGCUGGCCGUUCAUGGAGCGAGGCAUUCGAUGGCCUUGGCAUUUCCCUUCUCUUGACCUCUAAUCCUGCUAUUCAGUAUACUGUUUUUGAUCAGCUGAAGCAAAAACUAUUGAGUAAACAAAGGAAUGAAACAGUGUCUUCAACAGCUGGUCCUUCUCCUGCAGCUUUGUCUGCUUUCUCAGCCUUUGCUGUAGGUGCCAUUUCGAAGAGUGUGGCCACAGUCUUGACAUAUCCAGCAAUCAGGUGUAAGGUCAUGAUACAGUCUUCAAGUGAAGAAAACGACACUGAUACAAAACGAAAAACCCCCAAAACAAUGGCGGAUGCCUUGUCUACUAUCUGGAGAAAAGAAGGCAUUCUGGGUUUCUUCAAAGGACUGCAUGCUCAAAUCCUGAAAACCGUGUUGAGUUCCGCAUUGCUGCUGAUGAUCAAGGAAAAGAUUUCAAGCAGCACUUGGAUCCUCAUGCUUGCUUUGCAAAGGUAUCUGCUGGUAUCUCAGAAGAGAUUAAAAAAUGCUUGAUCAAAUCUUGCCUCAAAAUAACUCGGCUGAUUGACACCGGACAGCCGUGACUAUUUUUGUACAAGAAAUAAGCAUUAAAAUACGAAGCACAAGCUUGUUCCACAAAUCAAAUUAAACUAAUUUAAAAUUUGUUUCAUCAGCAUCUCCUUUAUAUUGUCUCUUGGUUCUUGAGGUUUUAUUAUAAAUGAAUAGUUUCUGUACAUAUUAAUUAGGUUGCAAAAUAAUGUUGUGUUUUUGUUGAGGAACCUUUGCACAGGGAUAUUUGUUAUACUUAGCCAAUUUGGCAAGAAUGUAAGAUCCCUGAAUGAGUCUUAUUGUAUGUGUAGUCCAUAGCAUGAUUUAAUAAUACAUGCUUAUAUUUUUGCU